AUGUGCUCCGCAGGUGCGAUCGACCCUGACAUCGACCGCAUUGCCGUUCUGGGGAAUGGAAAUUACCACAAUGCUGCUCGGGCUUUACAUAAGUUUGUGCAUCGUGAGGGUAAAACCCUGCCGACCCCGAUCUCCACGACACCUUUGACUAUUCGCAAGAAAGGGGGUGGAUGCUUGGAUGUGAAAUACCCCAUCCUACGCCUCACUGACUGGAUGAAAUACAUUUUGGGUGAAGCUGGUGGGCAGUUCCUGUUGGCUGGUUAUCACACAUUGCAGACCGAUGGUUUCCAAGCGGUCUUCAAGAGGUUCUGGGAGAACUAUGAAACAGCCGAUCCAAGCCACGACAUAUAUACACGCAAAAGCCAGUCGGAGAGAUGCAACACGAUACCACUGUGUUUACAUGGUGACGAGGGAAGAGGCUUAGCCAAAGUACCAGUGAUGAUCACAAAUUUCCAAUGUGUGGUGCCCUGGAUGGGCGAAACUCACUUGAACACUCACGGGCACAGCUAUGCCACGAGGCUUUUGCACUCGAUCCUGCCAGCAUCCUGUUAUGCAAAAAACGACAAAACGAUAGAUGGGCUUCAUGCUGCGAUUGCGGAAGAGCUGACUGAGCUCUUCGAGAACGGUCUGACUGUGCAGGUCGGCGACAAGAAGGUCACCAUCUUCGUGGCCUUGGUUGCCACCAAAGGCGACUGGCCGUAUGUUAGAAAGGCAUACCACUUGGCACCAGGAUUUACUUCCAAACGGAACUCCAUUUUGCUGCUUUGCCGCCUGGAUGAGUUCAGUGGCUCUUCGAUCAAGAUCCAGCUAGAGGAGGCUUACAAACAGUUUCACGCCUGGUGCUGUCAGAAUCACAAGACUUCGAGUUUGAAACAUUUCGAGCUCAAGACCUUCAAAAUCAGCUCGCAGCCUGGCUCUGUGUUCGCCCGAAGUGCUUAA